CUCCAGCUUUCAAAAAACAGUUCAAUAUUAGCAGUCUGGGAUUGUUGCGAUUUAUUUUGGAAUUUUUGGCGUACCUGCAUGGCCUGAAGACCCUUGCGGAGACGACUGGACGACUACAUCUCACGACAAUCAGCUGA